AUGGCCGACAAAAUUGACAUGUCUCUGGACGGCAUCAUUAAACUGAACCGGAGUGAGAGAGGUGGCCUCGGCGGAGACCAGGGACGCGGCAGAGCCGGGUCUCAAGGGGCCCGCAGCGGCGAAGUACAGGCCGCCGCGAGAGUGAACCGAGGCUGCGGACCCAUCUGGAACCGGGCCAUCGCCCGCGGUGCAGCUGGAGGAGGCGGUACGAACCGACCGGCACCGUACAGCUGGCUGAAACAGCUUCCAGACAAAUGGCAACACCACCUGUUCGACAGCAGCUUCGGCGGCGGCAACUGCCUGGAGACGGGCGGGAAGCUGCUGGUGUCCAACCUGAACUUCGGGGUGUCGGACGCCGACAUUCAGGAGUUAUUUACUGAGUUUGGUACUCUGAAGAAAGCUGCUUGGUCUGAAGAAGACAUGCAGAUGUUAUUGGAAAUCGUGGAUAAGAACCUCCCCCCUAAGGACAGACAGACAUUAAAAAUCACUCAGUCACAAAUGGUCUGGGAAAAAAUUGCCUUCCGAGAUUUUUCUGGAGAAAUGUGCAAAAAGAAAUGGCUGGAAAUUUCUAAACAUUUGCAAAAGUAUCACACUAUGACAGAAUUAAUCUUGGAGGCUCAGCAACAUGUUAGAAUGUUAGAAAGAAAAGCUUUCAAGAAACUCCCAGACUUCCCCAAAAAGCCUUUAACUGCUUAUUUCCACUUCUACAAGGAGAACUACAGAGAGUACAUGCUAAAAAACCCCAAGCUGAGUAAAGCUGGGUUAACUAACUUAUUAGCCAAGCAAUACAGAGAGCUUCCAGAGGAGAUGAAAGAGAAAUAUGUCCAAGAUUUCUAG